UAGGUACAGUCACCUUUUUGUUUGCGUUCGGUCUUGACAGUUAUACGAAGGGCACGUAUACAUACGUUUGAAAAUUCAAUGCAACAGACUUAAUGGCCGCUGAAAAGUCGUGAGCAGCGGUUCGCCCGGCGGCCUUCCACUUUCGUGCGUCUCGUCUUAGCGCGCGUUACAAUACGAUUAGGCGCGAGUAACGUGUCGCCGAGAUCGAAGCCGCCCUUCUUAUGCCGUCAUUUUGCUAGGUGAUCAAUCAUGGAGCAAGAUACAGAAUAUGUGAAGUUACCCUUAGAGGAGCGUUGCGUGCAUAAGUCUUGGAGAGCACGUUUGCAUGGCUACGAGGAAUGUGUGAAGACAUUCCAAUGCAUCGAUGAUGAGAAGUCGACAGAGUGGAAUAAGUAUGUGGGCUUUAUCAAGAAAUUCGUGGGGGACAGCAAUGCAGCGGCGCAGGAGAAAGGAUUAGAGGCGACGCUGGCUUUCGUGGAGAAUGCCGCGGUGGCUGGUAAGAUAGUCGGCGAGGUGAUGAGCGGCAUCGUAUCCAAAUGUAUCGCGGCGCCAAAAACAAAGACGAAGGAGCUGGCAGUGCAGAUCACACUGAUGUACAUAGAAAUCGAAAAGCACGAGGCGGUGCAGGAGGAGCUGCUACGCGGUACGGAAGCGAAGAAUCCUAAAAUCGUGUCUGCAUGUAUCGCUACGUUGACGUUAGCGUUGAAGGAAUUCGGGCCGAAAGUCGUGAACAUAAAGCCACUAAUGAAGAAGAUUGCGAAUUUCCUGGAGGACCGGGACAAAACAGUGCGCGAAGAAGGCAAGAUGAUGGUAGUAGAAAUGUAUCGCUGGAUAGGCGACCGCCUGAAGCAGCAGCUGAACACACUGAAACCAGUACACAUAACAGAAUUAGAGGCGGAGUUCAAUAAUCUGUCAGAUGACAAGGUGGUACCGACACGUCACCUGCGCUCGCAGAGGCCGAAGACCGUCAGCGGUGUCACGGCGACGGAUGUCGCAGUAAGUGACAACGGUGAAGAGGACAAUGAGGACGGCGAAGGUUCCUCCGUGCCGGACAUAGACCCGUAUGACUUGUUAUCACCCGUGGACAUCUUGUCGAAGUUGCCGAAAGAUUUCUACGAGAAGAUAGAGGCGAAGAAAUGGCUGGAGCGCAAGGAGGCAUUGGAGGCUCUUGAGACGCUCGUGAAGAACCCAAAACUGGAGAACGGCGAUUAUGGCGACGUAGUACGUGCCUUGAAAAAGAUAAUCUCAAAGGAUACGAAUGUGCCGGUGGUUACAUUGGCUGGUAAAUGUCUGGCUGGUCUUGCGUCAGGUCUGAAGAAGCGUUUCCAGUCGUAUGCUGGCGUCUGUCUUCCUGCGAUUUUGGAGAAAUUCCGCGAGAAGAAACAGACGGUGGUACAAGCGCUGCGUGAAGCCGCUGACGCUGUUUAUAAAAGCAUCAACAUUGAGCAAAUUCUCGAGGAUACUCUCGCUGCGUUGGAGAAUAAAAACCCUGCUGUGAAAGCCGAGACGGCCGCGUAUCUGGCUCGUUGCUUCUCUCGCACACCACCAGACAUGUUGAAUAAAAAACUGUUGAAGGCAUAUACGGGUGCGCUGUUGAAGACACUAAAUGAGCCGGAUCCAACAGUGCGCGACAAUUCGGCGGAGGCAUUGGGUACAGCGAUGAAGCUGAUUGGCGAGCGAGCGAUGAUGCCAUUCCUCACGGACAUUGACAAUCUGAAAAUGACAAAAAUCAAGGAGUGCGCGGAGAAGGCGACGAUCAUCGUCAAGGUGUCGGGUGCUACGAAGAAAGCAGCUGCGGAUCGACCCAAUACUGCUCCGGCGAAGGUAGAGACGAUAAAGGCGAUGAGCAAGGAAAGCAAAGACAAGAAAGCCAGUAAGAGACCUAACAGCAGCAAUACCGCUGCGAACAAGAAGUCGGCGGCUAAAAAACCCAGCGCAUUGUCGUUGACGAAUCUAGCGUCCAAAAAACAACCGACGGAGAGAAACUAUAGUCCUGAGGAGAUCGACGAGAUGGCGGCGCAAUUGUUGCCGGCUGAGGUGAUCUCAGGCCUGGUAGACAGCAAUUGGAAGACGCGUCUAGCGGCGAUUACACAGCUGUUGGACGUGGUGAAGAGCAUGGACUCAGCUGAAGUAUCCGCGCAGGUGAUCGUGCGCACGCUGGCGAAGAAGCCCGGCUUCAAGGACACGAACUUUCAGGUGCUGAAGCUGCGCAUCGAGGUGGUUAAACAUCUGGCCGAGUGUCAUCCAUUCUCGGUCACUGUGGCCGAACAUUGUCUCGUGGAGAUCGCGGAGAAACUGGCGGACACGAAGAACAGCGCGAUCGCUGCGGAAACGCUACUGGCGAUCGCUGAGGCCACGAGUUUCGAGUACGUGGCAGACGAGGUGGUCGGAUACGCGUUCAAUCAGAAAAAUCCUAAGGUGCAGCAGGAGACGCUGCUGUGGCUGUGCCGUGGUCUCGCGGACUUCGGCUGCUGUAUCAAUGUCAAAUCCGUCAUUGAGCACGUGAAACGCGCAGUGUUGGCGACAAAUCCUGCUGUGCGGACCACCGCUAUAACGCUCUUAGGUACUCUCUAUCUGUAUAUAGGCAAGUUACUGCUGUCGUUCUUCGAUAAUGAGAAGCCGACGUUGAAGCAGCAGAUCGAGCAAGAGUGCGAAAAACGCAAUGGUGAAAUACCACCGGCGCCUGUUCGCGGCGCUAAGGCUAAAAAGACAGGCAACAACAAUGUUCAGAAUGACGAGGAUGACGAUGAAGAUUCUGUGGAAUCGUCGGACAAGAAGCAGCCGUUAGUCGCUGGUAGUAGCGAACAAGAUCUGAUUAAUGAUUUAAUACCUCGUGUUGACAUCAGCAGCCAGAUUACGGACGGCCUGUUAGCCGAGUUGGCUGACAAAAACUGGAAGGUACGUAACGAAGGUCUGCAGAAGAUAAACGCCUUACUCAACGAAGCCAAAUACAUCAAGCCCAACAUCGGUGACCUACCACAGAGCUUGGCGUUGCGUUUGGUCGACAGCAACAGCAAGAUCGCACAAUCGACUCUAGGAAUAUGCGAGACGCUGGCGACGGCCGUUGGUGCGCCAUUGAAACAGCAUGUGCGUACUUUGUUCCCUGGGUUCCUGCAGUGUUUAGGCGACAGCAAGAAUUGGAUCAGAACGGCCGCGAUCUCUUGUAUUAAUACCUGGGGAGAUCAGUGUGGCUACAAAGAGUUUUUCGAUGGCGAGAUGAUAGGAGACGCCUUGAAGACAGGCUCACCAAUGCUUCGUACUGAACUCUGGAAUUGGUUGGCGCAAAAAUUGCCUGCGAUACCCGUGAAACAAAUUCCCAAGGAAGAACUACUUAUGUGUCUUCCUUAUCUGUAUGCUAAUCUGGAGGAUCGUAAUUCCGAUGUGAGGAAGAACGCUCAGGAAGCUGUGCUCGGAUUCAUGAUUCAUAUCUCGUACGAGGCGAUGGCUAGAAACACUGAGAAACUGAAGCCUGGUUCGAGAACUGUAGUACUUGCCGUAUUGGACAAAGCUCGUCCCAGUCUACCUGUGAAGCUUCCACCCAAGAAGGAGCCUUCAGAUGAAAACAUCCAGAAGGGUGGCACAAAGGGUGCGAAAGUAGCGAAAGUGGUUAAAUCGAAGGGUGCAUCAUCGAAAGCGCCGGGCAGUGCUCGCAAGAAAGACGAUGACGUGGAUACUAGUCCUCUAUUAGUGGUGAAUAACUUGAAGCAUCAGCGCGUGCUUGACGAGCAAAAGUUGAAGUUACUUAAGUGGAACUUUACCACGCCUAGAGAAGAAUUCGUCGAGCUUUUGAAAGAACUUAUGACUGUAGCGAACGUUAACAAGACAUUGAGGGCGAACAUGUUUCAUUCUGAUUUUCGAUAUCAUCUGAAGGCUAUUGAGGCACUUACUGAGGAUUUACCUGGGAAUAGCAAAGCAUUGGUAUCUAAUUUGGAUCUCAUCUUCAAGUGGCUGACGUUGCGAUUUUUUGAUACUAAUCCUUCGGUGCUUUUAAAAGGAUUGGAUUAUCUGCAAUUGGUUUUUAAUCUAUUAAUAGAAGAUCAGUAUCACAUGCUGGAAACUGAAGCAGCAUCAUUUAUCCCUUAUCUUAUUAUCAAAAUAGGCGACCCAAAGGAUGCUGUACGUAAUGGCGUGCGCGCAUUGUUCAGGCAAAUUGCCCUGGUAUAUCCUGUGAGCAAAUUGUUCUCUUACGUGAUGGAAGGUCUGAAAUCAAAGAAUGCGCGACAACGAACAGAAUGCCUGGAUCAAUUAGGAUCGCUAAUUGAGAGUUAUGGAGUUUCUGUCUGUCAGCCUAGUCCGUCUGCGGCGUUGAAAGAAGUGGCGAAGCAAAUAGCGGAUCGCGAUAAUUCCGUUCGUAACGCUGCUCUCAAUUGCAUCGUCCAGGCCUAUUUCCUACAAGGAGAACGCGUAUUUAAACUCAUUGGCCAAAUAUCGGAAAAAGAUAAAUCGUUGUUGGAUGAGCGCAUCAAAAGAGCGGCGAAGAAUCGUCCUGCGAAAUCCGUAUCCGCCAACAAACUCUCCACGCCUGUAGUUACAGCUUCCGGUCCUCCCACGGAUGACAUGGAGGUAGAUUACGAAGAAGAACAAGAAGAAAUUCCGGAGGCGGUCGAGCCGGUGCCGGAAUUGGUAAUAACCACUGAUACGACGAACACUGAUAAUAAUCAGGAGGAUCAGGUGCUUCCUUCCGUGGACGUUCAGUCCACUACCGAACCAUACCAGGAAAUUACCAACGAUCUCGACAUCAAUAACGCAAAAAAUUGUCUACCCGAUAAUGAUCGUGACAAUUUGACAAAGAAUUCUCCCACAUCUACUCAAACAAAAGUCUCGGGUCCCUUCGGAUUGGACAUGGAAUUUUUGCAAAGGAUUGAACUAAGUGCACCGGUAAAAUACCGUAAUCCGAUAUUACUGGAACCCAGCUUAUCGGAUCUAAACGAGGCUCCGAUUAAUAUGUUAAAUACGCCCAAGACACAAAUGAUACCGAUUUCGCCGCCAAAGUUGUUGGUGUCAAAGUCAGCAUCUGUUGUAUCACCCUCUACCGCCAGUAGCAACGACGACAUGUUGGAACGCAACAUCUUGUCCAUGGCCAGUAUGGAUUUGCCUACUGCGAUACAAUCUAUGAAUAGCAUAGAAAAUUUAUUGAAAUCUCAUCAAGCAGCCAGUUUACAAUCUAAGGAAGAUAAAUUUAUUGGAUCGAUAAAUAUGCAAUUAAAGCUGUUGCAAACGUAUCCAUUACGCCAAGAAAAUGUGGAUGUAUCCAGAGGCUUUAGAAAUACAUUCCUGGUUAUACUUGUGUUUUAUGAUACUGGAUAUCUUGGAAAAAAUGUUCCUUUCAUGCAUUUGAAAGAACUGGUAGAUCAGAUGAUAAGCUUAUUAGCUGAGAACAAGUUGGAACACUUGCAUCAGGCUGGAGCAUAUUACAGAGUGAUUAACAACAUCAUGGUGAAGAUUAUCGAUAAUUCCAAUCACACCACCAUUAUAUGCGUAUUAAUUAAAUUGCUUCAUUCUUGCGCCGAGUCAAAUGUUCCUUCUAAGUAUGAGGAACUAGUGAUGAAAUGUCUGUGGAAGAUUGUGAAAACGAUGUCGAACUGGGCACCUGACUUGGACUAUGAUACAAUACUGCUGGAAGUACAUCGCUUCUUAAAGGAUUAUCCUACUACAUGGUGGAAGAAACAAAAGUCUGAUACUCCUUUACGAACAGUCAAAACUGUUCUCCACAGUAUGACCAGAGUGAAAGGCAGCACGAUACUUAAUCACUUGACGUUGAUAAACAAUACUAAUGAGUCUGAAUUGUAUGCAUACUUAAUAAGAUUAAUUGCGAGUCUUAAGCCAGAUGAAAUUAAUGCUACGGCAAAAAUGAACCCAAAAUCAAAUAACAUGGGUAGAACGCCGAAACAUCUAUCUAAGUCCACUCGUCAACAGUUGGCGGAAAUAUUCAAGAAAAUUGGAUCAAAAGAGCAAAUGCAGGAAGGCUUAGCACAGUUGUACGACUUUAAGCUUCAGUACCCCGAAGCCGAUGUACAACCAUUCCUGGUUAAAUCUCAUCAAUUCUUUCAAGAUUUUAUUGAGCAGGGACUUAGACAGAUUGAUCAGGCACGCAAGAGUCAGAAUAUCUUGUCGCAAGCUAACAAUCAGUACUCUUUGGAAACCACCGAAUCCCCUUCAGCGGUUUCCGAUGAAAAAGACAUGAUGGAUCCGAUGCAUAGGCUUGAGAAACUACGAGCUCUUGAAGCACAAUGUAGAACGACUUCCUCCCAACCGAAUCCACCAUGAACAAUAUAUCGUGCGCAUAUAUGAAUUAGGUAAAUUCAGCACAGGAGAAUAGUCUAAAGGUUCGUGCGAAUAUCUUCUAUUUUACCAAUUUCUGUAUUGUAUAAUUUAUUUGCAUCAAAUACUCCGAGCAAUCAUUUCGUACUUUAUUUAUCUGAAAACUGCGGAUAUUAAUAUUAAUUUUUCAACAUUGAUAUUAAUAUUAUCAAUAUAUAUCCAAUAUUGAUAUUAAUAUGUUCAUUAAAUAAUAUGUAGAUUAAUAUGUUAAGUAAUCGAAUAUAGGACAAACCUUCGUAUGAACUUUUCUCGUUAUUUUUACUGGACGCACCUCCGAAGUUACACCCACGUAUUGGGAUAUAUGCUGUAUAACAUGUAUGUAUAAGUAUACGAAAGGCGCGAUUUGAGUAAAAUUGUAAUCGCGUGUCAUCGUCGCCGCAAUCUGAUUUCGUAAUCGCGUCGUUUCCAGAAAUAAAUUCUCUUUCCGUUUUGAAAAUUCGAAAUUAAAUUAUCGAUAUUGCGUCGUUGCUUUCGUGGAGGAGCCUCCUAUUUACUCGUAAGAAUUUCCAAACAACGUAUACAGAGGGCAAAUAUUUUAGGUAACGAUGUCACAGAAAUCCGUAAGAUUAAUUCUCGAUAAAUAUAAUCGGAUUUCUUAAAUGUUAUGGUAUUAAAAAAAAA